AGCAAAGGUGUGUGGUGAGGACAGAGCCAUGUCCGAGCGCCGGGUGGCCGCCAAGGGCCGGCGCUUGGGCUCCAGCCGGCGCAAGCAGCUGCCUGAGAGCUCCAGGGAGGCCCCAGCACCAGCGCCCAGCCCUGGUGAGGAGCCACCAUGGGCAUCUGAGAUAGUGCAGAGGGUGCAGCACCUCCUCAGCCACCGGGCCACGGAGCAGGCGGGAGUCAUCACCCGCUCGGACGUGCAGAAGCUGCAGGCGGAAGGGUUGCCGUGCAGCAGGGAGGAGCUGGAGCUGGUGUUUGAUGGGCUGGAUGCAGCUGGCACCGGCCGCUUGGGCACAGAGGAGUUCACGGCCGGGCUCCGGCAGUUCCUGAGCUCCCAAACAGCUUCCAGGGAGCACCGGCGGCGGAAGACAGCAUCCCGCAGGGUCCGGCUGGUCCUGCCCGCCCUGGCGCUGGAAGGGGGGGACAGCGAGGAGCGCAGACACUUCGCUGCCUUUAUGGAGCAGCUGGGCACAGAAAACCUCUCUGAAGAACAGGAGAUCUGGCAGCUCUGGGUGAAGCUGCGGCAGGAUGAGCCCCAGCUGCUGGACAAUCUGGAGGACUUCCUGGCCAAGAUGAGGCACCGCAUCCAAGAAGCCAGGAGCGAGAAGGAGGCUUUGGAGCUGACUCUGAACAAGCGUGUGGCCGAGCACGACAAGGACGUGCAGCAGCUCUGCGAGGCCCUGGAGCAGCAGAUCCAGCAGGAACAGCUGCGGCUGCAGCAGCAGAGCACGGCCCGGGGGCAGCAGCAGGGCGAGGAGCUGCAGCGAGUGCUGGAGGCCAGCGAGAGGGAGCUGCAGCGCUUGGUCACGGCGCAGAUGGAGCUGGAGCGGCGCUGCCACAGCCUCCACAGCUCCCAGCAGGUCACCAGCAUGGAAAACCAGCAGCUGGAGCAGAGCAACCGGGCACUGGAGCAUCACCUGCAGCACCUGCACCAGCAGCUGCAGCAGACCCAGGGCCACCUGAGGACAAUGAGGGCUACAGUGGUUUGGCAGCACAUGGGGGAGCCCGGGGACAGAGUGGUGGCAGAGUUACCCAUCGAGGUGCCAAUGUCCCCACAGCUGAGUCCUGGGAAGAGCGAGCAGUUCCGCUCCGAGAUGAGGAUCAGGCUGGGAUCCCAGAGCAGCGAGAGCAAAGCCAAGAGCACCCACCAAGUGGUUUGGGAAAUGCUGCCAGCAGAAAUAAACCUUCCUGGAGCCCCACGGACAGCAAGCUCUGCAGAAGAGGACCCCUUCCCAGAAUCUCUGAAAGAGGAAGGUGUCUCUGACCAAAGCUCUUUGCUAAGAGAGAUGAAUGAUGCAAUAGCAGCUCUGAGCAAACAUCUGAAGGCACAGGCAGUGGGUGCAUCCCAUGCCCUGGCAGACAUGCCCUGUCACCCCUGGGACAAUGCUGAGCCCCAAACGGGGCCAGAGGCAGCCACAGCUCAUGAAACAACCCCUGGGGUCCUGCAGGAGACCCUCCCUGGAAAUGUCCAUCAUGAGCUGCUGGAAGGAGACCUGCAAGAGGGAGCAGCCACAGCUGAGCUUCAUGCUCUGGAUGUGACACAGGCUGAUGCGUGGCAGCUUUGUGCUCCGGGACAGGCAGCUCAAAGGGAGCUUCAGGAGCAGGUUUCAGCACAGGGACAUGAGGGGAGGCUUCACACAGUGGCCCAACAGCCAGAGAGGGAGACACCACCCGCGAUGACACUGGAGCACACGGCUGCUGGACCUGCUGAGCAUCCAAAGCAAGGGCUGCCACCAGCAUCAACACUGCACACAGUGCGACCAGAAGAUGCCGGGAGGGAUCAGCUGGGGCUGGUCCUCAGAGACAACUCACUGUGGCAAAGGCAGCUCUUGGGAGAACAGAGCAAAGACCUGCUUGGUCAAAGAGAGAAGAUGCAAGAGUUUGGUCAGAAAAUGAGCCAAGAAGGUGAUUCCAGCCCAGAAGAGCCAGGGGCUGUGACUGCAGGUGGGGCAGGAGCUGCCCCAAGGGGUUGUUCCAAAGCUGCCCUGGACCCAGACCACCUCUACAACGUGCUGUUCAUUGGGGACUCUCAUGUGGGCAAAACGUCGUUCCUGUACCGUUUGCACGCUGACACCUUCAACCCCCACCUCACCGCCACAGUGGGACUGGAUUAUCAGAUCAAAAACCUCGUUGUGGAUAACAAGCGCUUUGCUCUCCGCCUGUGGGACUCAGCUGGUCAGGAAAGGUACCACAGCAUGACCAAGCAGUUCUUCAGGAAGGCGGAUGGGGUGGUGCUGAUGUACGACAUCACCUCCGAGUACUCCUUCUCUGACGUGCGCUACUGGCUCAGCUGCAUCCAGGAAGCAGCAGAGGAUGGAGUUGCUGUUCUGCUUCUUGGGAACAAAACCGACUGUGCUGCCCAGAGACAGGUCCCUACAAAGGAGGGUGAAUGCCUGGCCAAGGAGCAUCAGCUCAUGUUUUAUGAGUGCAGCGCUGCCUCGGGCCACAACGUCUUCGAGUCCAUGGUCAGCUUCAUCAGGUUGCUCAAAGUUCGUGAAGAUAAAUUGAAAAAUAAGGCAGAAGAGGUACCACAGGCACCCCAGAAGAAAAAGGGCUGCUGCUGGUGAUGGACAGACACCCCACACAUUGAUUUGAAACUGCACCAACAGCCAGAAAAGCAUCAAAACUGUCCAUGGACACCUCCUCUUUCCCUGAGUGUCUUCCUUGCCUGAUCGUCCUUGGAUGCUGUGGAGGACCCCCUGCCAUUCCCCCUGAGCACACCAGCCCUCCAAAAUACUUCUCAGAGAACUUUAGCACUUUUAGAGAGCAAAAUCAGGCCAAGAAAAGAGGCAGAAAAGGAGCCCAGCUGGGUCUGAGAUGCUGCAAUGAUACUGGAAGCAGCAGGGAGUAAACCCAAGCCUUGGGACAGAAGAAAUGAAAGCCUGAAGCCAUCCAAGUGUAUAAAACAAGGGGGUUUAGUGCUGUUGGUGCUCUGGGCUCUGGGGACUUCUGCUCUGGCUUUGCAAUCUGAUUGGAUUUGAUCAGGAAUAAUGAGAUAUUCAAUAUAUUUUAAAUGCACUUAAAUCUCUCCAAUGAGACAUGGUAAAGCUAAUUUUUCCCUUCCCUGGUUUAUCCUGGCAGUGAGCAGUGAUGGGGCUUAACAGAGACUAUUGAAUAUUUUGCUCAAAAUAAAUUCAAAAGCCCCAAGAGCUUGUCCAUGAUAAGAAGAAGAUCAAUGCUUGCAAGAAGUUUUUUUCAUUGUGUUGUCCCCAGAGCAGAAUUCUGGACUAUUGCAGCAGAUCUCAGGCUGGGCAGAGAACGAGCUGCUGCAUCCUGCCCUUCUGCUCUUUGUGAAGUACUGAAUUGUUUUUAAAUCCAGCUUGAAAAA